CCGGCUGGAGCAGUAGCUAAAAUUGCUUCCCUUACUGGAGUGCAUCACCUCUUGCUCACCCUCAGCUGCUCUCUCCAAUAAAACUGCUCCACUUCCGUUCUUACACUUCAGUUCUGCAGUUGCUCCGACAUCUCCUCCGUCUCAGGGAGAGCAUACACACAGAGAGGCCAUAGCCAUGACGACCAAACUGGUCAUCCAGCAGCCACAGCCUGUAGUGGAGACGGUGCAGUCCAACCAAUGGAGCUCUGGCAUCUGCGACUGCUGGGAGGACAAGGCCAACUGCUGUUUUGCGUUCUGGUGUCUUCCCUGCUUCACCUGUAAGACGUCACAGGACUACGGACAGUGUCUGUGUCUCCCCCUGCUGGACCUCGGCAUUGUACCCCCAAUUACCCUUUCUAUGAGAGUCUCCAUGCGCAAGCAGUAUGGCAUCACGGGUACCAUCUGUAAUGAUUGCCUCUACGCCACAUUCUGCAGAGCUUGCACCUGGUGCCAGAUGGCCAGAGAAAUGAAGCAACGCUUCCAACCCAUCGUACUCAUCAACGCCAAGACCAAAGAAUGAUCCUCCUCUUCUUCACUGUCCAAGAAGACCAAGAAGAAUCCCACUUCUUCUUCACUAACAUGGAGCAGUGACCAGUCUCUUCCUCAUAAGUGGUCUUUCUUCUCUUUCUCAGUCUAGAACAGCAAGAAUUCAUGGGAGAAGCUGACUCAAACUCUCACUGCUGCCACUGCUGCCAGUCA